CCAUCUGGCUUGAAAAUGUACUGGAAGCCGGAAAGCCGUACAUAGUUUUGGCCUAUCACGCAAAUUCGUAACGGUAAUCGUUCGGAACCGUAUUUUUCUUUAACAAGAUCAUGGAGUGUUAGUGUAGCCGUUGAUUCCGCUCAAAGCUAUCUAGAAACCGUAAUCUUGAACCGAAUCCACAGCGAAUGGCAACACGGUCACGGCUAGCAAAGGUUUCGCUUCCUACAGAUGCGGAGCCUGGUGCAGAGCUUGUUAAAUGGAGUUGCAAAGAAGGCUAUGUAUACGUGCCGAUACCGCCGGCAGGAGCUACAGGACACCGUGCGGAUAAGUGGGAUGUAGACAAAUGGCUGAAGGCAUUGAAAGUGGAGUUGGUAGCUCAGGACGACAACAUGCUCGUGCGGUUAAGCGACCAAGAAACAUCGGAGCUCUUUGCAGAGUGCCCCCUGCCCUGCGAUGGUACACCGCUGACGACGGCGGUUGAGCCUGUCGUGGACAGCAGCCGCUACUUCGUGCUUCGAGUGGUGGACCCCGAGACAGACAAGCAUGCAUUCAUCGGACUCGGAUUCCGGGAGCGCAGCGAUGCUUCCGGCUUCACAACCGGGCUAGAUGAGUACCGCAAGUACGUGAAACGGAAGCAGGAGGCGGAGGCCAUGCGCGCGGAGCACGAUCGGCAGGAGAACGGCGAAGGUGGCGCGCCCCGGGAUUAUAGUCUUAAGGAAAACAUCGUCAUCCCGCUGAAGAUAGGGAGCAUGAAGCGUCAAGAAGCUGAGGAGGCGGGCAGGGCUGCCGGCAGCAACACAGCUGCCAGCGGGAGCGGAGCCAAGGCGGCGGCAGAGGCCGCGGCGCAAGGAGUCGCGGCGUUGAAACUGGCGCCACCGCCGCCGCCAGCCAGCCGCGUGGCGCCCGCUGCCGCUGCGACAGCGCCGGGCGGGUCAGCGCAAGCCGGUGGGGGCGGUGCACGUGGUGAUACGGACGAAUGGGGUGACUUCACCGGGACGUCUACGUUGUGAGGCCAGGGAAUGACGUGCAUGCCUGAUCAGGGCUGUGGGGCAGGAUGAUAUGUCAUGAUGCAUUGAUUACAAUUAGAUGCAGCUUCCCUGCAUGCUUACACACCGUCCUGCUGGGUACCGGCAGGAGGGUGGCUUCAGCAGCUGAGGGAGUCCAUACAUGACCCGUGAACUACCAGUACAGGCCGCUAGACCUCACACCCUUUACAGCGCAGGACUCCUGCUAGUGAAUAACACAUGGACGGACCAUUAUUUAACGCAUGCGAUUUUUAAGACGUGGUGUGGCACAGGCGAAUGGCCGGGUGGUGUUGUGGGGUAGGCAAGUUCGGAAUGCAAUGUGGGCAAUGACGCAUGUUAUGGCAGGUGCCGUACACAGUUCGUGGGUGGGGCGGUACAUCCAAUGGAUCUCGUGCUCAACAGCACGGAUCUGAAAAGGGCUGCUGCUGCUGACUAACAUCAAGACUAACAGCCACGAAACAAGUGACUCGCAAUGUCAAUCAGGCUGGCAAUUUUCAGCCUCCAACAAUCACCACCUUGACAAAUGGAAACUUGCAAACAACAGUGCAUAGCAGUGUAAAGGCGGCCCUUUGAACGGCUGCUUGCGUUUAUAACGGUGUUGCUACGGACUGGACCUCAAUCUGAGGUCAAUCUCCGGGGAUACAGCUUUUCUCUUAUGUAUGUAACGAACAACCAACAACCCACGUACGGAACCGUC